UUAUCCAAAAAAAAAGAAAGAAAAAUUGAGGAAGAAAAAGUAUCUACAUUUCGUCGUUUGAAGUAGAUAAGGACACCAAAAAACCGAAAACAAAGUUUUUGGGGGAAUUUUCGUCGAACAAAGAACAACCUCUGGAGCCUGGAAUUUUCCGCUUCGUCUUCCAUCUUUUUCCUUGACCAAUGUUUAUUAUUGAACUCUAAUGCAGAAUUGUAGAUGAUAUAUAUAUAUAUAUAUAUAUGUAUAUUCAUAUUAUUUGAUCGUCCUCCUCGCUCUCUGUACCUUGCCGAUGACUAUAUAGAGUCGGUUCCUUCUCAAUUUUGGUUUACUCAUUUCCCUCAAACUUUUUGGUUUUGGAAAUUUCGCUGCUGAUUUCAUUCGAUUUUUUUUGUUUUUAAUUGUAAUUGGAAGUGUAAAAGAAAGGUAAUACAAUAAAUUAGGAUCUUUUUAUCUUUUAUUUUUUUUAUAGUCCUUAAUACAGUGACGAGAAUCAACCUUAGAAGCAAAGUGAAGUCUACGACAGCCUAGAAAUCGUGAUCACUCGUGUUGGUUUUGGUUAAAUAAUGAAUUAUGAUCUUUAUGGUGGUGGUGGCUACUAAGGGCUAACUUUUAUUGAGUGCCGUUAUGAUCUUAUGCUGCUAGUGGUACAUCCUAACCUGCUUAGUGCAAUCCAAUGAUGGUUCUUUCUGGUUCUCUGCAACUGUCUCAUGAAUUGGGACUCUGCAAGAACCAGAGUUACAAUAAACAAUUUAAGAGUGGAUUGGGAAGAAGCAAGUCACAAAUAUAUGUGACCUCCCUAUCAUCACAUUUUACGGGUACAUUUGGAACUCUCCCAACCCCUGAUGAAUGCAGGUUCCAGAGACAGGGUUCUUGGAGUAUUCGAUUAUCAAACAAUGUAUAUAGGCCGGUGUAUAGACUACCUUACAGAUACAAUGCCUUUAAGUGUCAUUCUUUUCUAACAUCAGGAAAACCAUUGGAAUUCCAAAGCAUCAAGACAGCUGCCGUGGCAAUAACUAAGACUUGUAAUGUUUUGCAAGGUAGUCCUCUUGUUGUUGGGUUCAUUCCAGCAGUCGGUAUUACUAUUUUUGCUUUAUGGGGUCUUGGGCCGCUUAUGCGUCUAAGCAGAAACCUAUUGCUUCAUAGGAGUGACAGUAGUUGGAAAAAAAGUAGGACAUGUUAUGUUAUGACUUCAUAUCUUCAACCUUUGCUGCUAUGGACUGGAGCAAUACUCCUCUGCAGGGCAUUGGAACCAGUUGUCCCACCUACAGAAGCUAGCCAGGUUGUUAAACAACGGCUUUUGAAUUUUGUGAGAUCAUUGUCAACCGUGUUGGCAUUUGCAUAUUGCUUAUCAAGCGUGAUUCAACAAGCACAGAAGUUCUUCAUGGAGACUAAUGAUUCUGGUGAUACAAGAAAUAUGGGUUUCCAUUUUGCAGGAAAAGCUGUAUAUUCUGCUGUAUGGGUUGCAGCUGUUUCAUUAUUCAUGGAGUUGUUGGGUUUUUCGACCCAGAGGUGGCUUACUGCUGGAGGUCUUGGGACAGUAUUACUGACUCUUGCUGGUCGUGAGAUUUUUACAAAUUUCCUUUCAAGUGCAAUGAUUCACGCAACUCGGCCUUUCAUUGUAAAUGAAUGGAUUCAAACAAAGAUUGAAGGCUACGAAGUUUCUGGUACUGUUGAGCAUGUUGGAUGGUGGUCACCAACGAUUGUAAGAGGUGAAGAUCGCGAAGCAGUUCAUAUUCCAAAUCACAAGUUCACAGUGAAUGUUGUAAGAAAUCUAAGUCAAAAAACUCAUUGGCGUAUCAAAACUCACCUUGCCAUUAGUCACUUGGACGUCCAUAAAAUAAAUAAUAUUGUUGCUGACAUGCGUAAAGUCUUGGCUAAGAAUCCUCAGGUUGAGCAGCAAAGGUUGCAUAGAAGAGUUUUUUUUGAGAAUAUUAAUCCAGAAAAUCAGGCUCUUUUGAUCUUGGUAUCCUGUUUUGUGAAGACCUCGCAUUUUGAAGAGUAUCUAUGUGUCAAGGAAGCUAUAUUGUUGGAUCUUCUUAGAGUCAUCAGCCAUCACCGUGCAAGACUUGCUACUCCAAUCCGUACAGUUCAGAAAAUAUAUAGUGAUGCUGACUUGGAAAAUAUACCAUUUGCUGAUUCAAUAUAUAACCGUGGUGGAGCACGGCCAUUCUUACUAAUUGAACCCCCAUAUAAAAUUAAUGGAGAGGAAAAAACAAAAAGUCGUCCAGUUCGCACAAAUGGAGAACGAGAUGGAAAGGCCACAGUACGACUAGCAUCUGAGACCAAUACAGAUGUUAAGGUUGGACCAGCACCAACAUCAGAUUCCAAGAACAAAGAAACACCACCUUCAGAGACUAUAGACACCAAGGCUGAUGGCAAACUAAGAGAAACAACAAAUUCCAACGCCAUGGUGGACGCUAAGGCUGGGACAGCCUCUAACUCUGAUCCAAAAGUAGGUGACAAAGAAGGGGUUAAAUCAACACCUAAACUGAACUCUAACGCAUCAGAAUUGUUGGAUUCAGAAUCUGACAAAGCAACAGGUUCAACAUCUUAUACUUCUGCUCAGAAGGUUUCCAUCAAUAAGCAAUCAAAGAGCUCUACCUCGGAGAAUGCUAUUCAGAACAGUUCUAGUAAGCCUUCAUCUUCGUCAUUAGAAAUUGGUGGUGAGAAAGCAGGUGGAUUUUCAACAACUGCUCAAGUGAAACAAGAUCCACAGCCACCAACAUCAAGGCCUGCCCUGGAAGAAAAUAUAGUACUAGAAGUCGCUUUAGAGGGCUCAAAGAGAACCCUUCCUAUUGAGGAGGGGAUGGAUCCCCCUCCAUCUCAUGCAGAGACGACGGAGUUGGCUUCACGCCACAAUGGACAUGGGUCUUCAACCGUUGAUAAGGAUAAGAAAGAUGGUCAGUUUCCAGCCUCUCCAAGUUCAUAGCCUGUUGAACCAUGAGGUCAGUUAAGAAGAUUUAAAGGCAGGUGUCCUGGUUUUUUUGUCACAUGCCCUGCUAACUUUUGUUUGGAAACUCACACCAUGAAGCUGUAUUUUAUUAAAGCUGCUUUCUGUCUAUAGUUGACUAUUACUGUCAUUGUCAAAUUCUGUAGCAUUUGUUAGAUUCUCUUCUUGGAAACAAUGUACAUCAGACAGAAAUAUAACCCUUAUCUGGGUUGAGCUGAUUUUCAAAUUCAUAAUAUGCCUCUAAAGGCUUCUUCA